CUGGCGCGUAAAACUAUAUUGGAUAUUGAAACCUUGAGUCUUGCUCUAAUUUGAAACACUUUAGAUGUAAGAUCAGUUCUCGCGACAAACGACGAAACUAGUUUUAGAAGUACCUAUGGCAUCUAUAGUAUUGCAAAAACUAAAAAAUGCUCAGAAAAAGGGAAAAGAGGGUAAUCAAACCCUUCAGCGGUCGAUCGGACGAAAUAUAAGUGAAUUGGAGAGGGAAGAAAAAGCGUUAGAAAAUGACAUAAGAAGAGCUGCCAGUCAGGGGAAUAGAGCAGCUUGUAUUUCGUUAGCUCAGGAGUUAACUAAAAUUCGAGCUUUGAAGACCAGGAAUUCUCGUUUCGCAGACCAAAUGAAUAUCGUGCAGAGGAGACAGACGGCUUUGGUGCACGCAGCCAAAUGUGGAGAAUCAAUGGAAUUAGCCUCAGAAACCAUGAAGAAUUUCAAUAAGGCCAUGGACAAAACCAACGUCUCUGAGCAACUUCGGAAAUUCGAGAAAGAAGAAUUACAAUUGGAUAUGUCUGAAGAUACUUUGGACAGUAUGCUAUCUUCGCUAUGCGAAUCUGACGAUAUAGAUGCUGAUGACUAUGUGAUGAGCUUUUUGAGUGAACCACAAAGUGACAUAUUCACAGCAUGGCCCUCUGUUUCUGAUACACCCUUAGUAAAAUCCACUACCAGUUCCAAAAUGUUUCAUGAUAAUAUAGUCUAACUACUAUUCGUUGAUGAAGAUAAUUUAAUUUUUAUUCAUUCAUAACAUUAUCACCGCAAAUUUAAAAUUUUAUAUCAACAUAUACUCUCUGUGAUCUAUCUAAAUAAAAGCAUAAUGAAGAUACUUCUUUGCUUUUGUGUAAUAUUUCAAAACGAACCUCAGACAGCUCCUGCCCUUUUUAUAUAUUUAUUUAAAGAUCUGAUCUUAUGAUUUUAACAAUAACAAGCAAAAUUCAAACUAAUAUUUUUAAUUUUAUAUAUAUAUAUAU